CAAGACAUUUCUUUAUGUCUCAUUUACAAUAUUUGAACUAGUUUACGUGACGAAGCUAUCAACAUGGGCGACAGAGUGGAAUCGUCGCUUAAGAGGUCGCAUGAUCUAUUGAGUAUGGAAAGAGAAUUAGAAGACCUGUUAAGAAACUCUCAAUUAUCACAAGACAAGAGAGAGGCAUUUCAAGAGCUAUUAAGUUCAAUAUUUGACCUGUUCCAAGCACCUUAUAAAGAUGGCAAAACAUCGUUGAUCGAUGCAUCGACAUUGACAUUGUAUUCCAAGAUGCAAGGACUUGUUGACUCACUGGCAUCGCUCCUCGUUAACGAUGACGAUGUCACACGUAUGGAGGUGGAUAGUCAACUACCCGUAAGCGAAAAUGGAUCACAGUCUAGUGAGUUUUCAGACGGUGAACUUGGUGAUGAAUCGCCAAUGAUGCCAGAACGGAUGACGAGAACUGUGUCUCAAUCUAGUAAUACAUUCAAAUCAAGGAGGACAUCGUUAUACCUUUCUAGGGAUAAGAGUUUUUUGAAGCAAUCACCAUCUUUCAGCUCAAGAAACUUGCCUAGUUUCCUAGACACAAAGUAUUCGUCUACAGUAUCACCAGUUCAUACCAAGCAGAGACCACAAUCGAUGUUCGUCGUAGAGACGCCUUCCAAACCUUACAACAGGGGCUUGCAGUCCUAUGACCAAUCUCAAUUUGAUGAGACCAUACCAAGGAUUCAGACUGUAAAUUCAUCAUCAACUUCAUUAUCCAGUGCGAGAAAGAGAUACUCUAUGAGAUUUUGAUAUGAAUUAUUGGCAACUAAAGAGAUUACGUAUGAACAAUAUAAUAUCAACUCUUGAU